UGGUCAGAGACUGCAGGUAUACUACAGGAGAUGGUCAGAGACUGCAGGUAUACUACAGGAGAUGGUCAGAGACUGCAGGUAUACUACAGGAGAUGGUCAGAGACUGCAGGUGUACUACAGGAGAUGGUCAGAGACUGCAGGUAUACUACAGGAGAAUGGUCAGAGACUGCAGGUAUACUACAGGAGAUGGUCAGAGACUGCAGGUAUACUACAGGAGAUGGUCAGAGACUGCAGAUGGUAUACUACAGGAGAUGGUCAGAGACUGCAGACAUGCUAUAGGACAUGGUCAGAGACUUCAGACAGAGGG